AUGAUAGAUGAUAAUUUAAUGGAUACAACAGAUAAAAAUCCGCCGAUAACAACAACAUUUGAUGUUGAUCGAUAUCGUUUAACAAAUGAAAGUGAUCAACAAUGGUUUUACAGAAAACAAUUUAUUGAAGCAUUUCGAUUUGAUUAUAAUGAAGAAAGACUUUUAUGUCUUGCACAAUGUUAUGCAAAUACUAAAUGUCUUGGAUGCAAAUAUUCUGAACCAUUAAAAUCAUUACUUGAUCAACUUUCAGAAAAACUUGCGAGUUCUUCCGUUAAACGUUCAACAAGUCAGGAAUUAAAUGAUGUAAAUAAUAAACGAAAUGCAUCUAUGUCAAAUACAACUAUGUCCAACGUUCCACUAAAUUCAGCUUUUUCCAAUUCAUCAAAUUUUGUUUCAUUUUCAUCAUCUAUUCCAUCUCAUCCAUUACCACCAGCAUCAGCACCACCACCAAUUAUAUCUUCCGAACAAGUUCAACAAUCAACAAUAGAUCCAAAAUCAAUGUUAUAUGAGUCAACUGAAACAAAAUUUAUUCGUCUACGAACAUUUGCUAAUCAACUUAAACAAUCAAUUGAAGCAGCACAAAAUCGUACGGGUAAUGAUGAAAAUGAUAAUGCUAUUGAACAAAUAUAUCAAAUUGGUAAUCAACAACGUUUAUUUAUUGAUUAUCGUCCAGAUGAUUCAACAAAUCAAUUAAAUUCACAUGGUACAUAUGCUACUUCGUUUUUAACACAAACAUUUCAUGGUAAACUUUAUAUUGAUGAAGUUUAUAUAUGUUCAGGACAAGGUACAAAUAAAAGAUUAUGUAAACGAAAUUGUUUUCAACAAGCAUUAAAUCGUUUUUUAUAUGAAAAUUUUGAUAUUAAAUUAUUUUUAAAUAAAGAUGGUCGUGAACAAUAUGAACUUAUAAAAAUUGAUUUAAAUGAAUAUCAAGAUGAAUUUAAUAUGGAUGAUAAUCAAGAUAAAGAAUCUUUUAUUAUACCAUCAAAUCAUCCAAUGGCUAAUACAAAAAUGAAUUUUGUUCAUGCACGAGAUACGACAACUAUAGCUGGACGUACAGCUCGACAACAAAGUAAACUUGAACAACAAUAUUGGCAACAAUGGGGUCGUGGAACGCCUUAUUUUACAAAACCAAGACGUAUUCAAAGAUCUUUAUCACCACCACCACCUGUACCACAUCAAACAAUAAAUGAAAAUACAACAGCAGUCAUUGAAGCAGUAUCAACUACACCAGCUAGUGUUGCAGCUGUCAUUGCUGAUAUAGAACAAGCAGCUCAACAACAACAAGAAAAUGUUGAUAAUAGAGAAUUUGUGUAUCCAUUUCCAGUAAAACCAGUCGAUGAUCAAAUAAACAAUAAGUCACCAAUACAACAACAACCAAUAUGUUCUGAAGCAGCUAAAAAUGCCAUUGAUCCCAUAUUAUUAUCUCAACAACGUGCAAAAUUAGCUAAAAUGCAAACAUUUCUUUUUAGUUUAUUGAAUACAUUAGCUGAUGCAAGUCAUUCAAUUGAUCUUAUAUCAACACAAAUUAAUAAAUAUCAUUUGCAUUCGGAUUUUGAAUGUGCGGAUAAACCAACAUCAAAUGGUUUUCAUGGUCAUUUAAUUAUUGAACAAAUUGAAAUAGCUGAUGGAUAUGGUAUUAAUAAAAAAUUAGCAAAAAAACAGGCAUAUUCUAAUGCAUUAAAAUCGAUUUCAUCAGCUAAAUCAUUUUCACUUGAAUUACGUAAUGAUAUUCGUUGGAUAUUAGUUUGUCAUCAAGAUGAGACAGGUCUACUUAAAGUACCACCACCUCGUCGACCUAUAGCAUUACGUAAUGAAGACCGGCCAAGUCGUUGGGGACCACCAACAAAUUUAUCUGCUGUUACAUCAUCAACAACAUCAGCUGUACGUCAUUUUCAUGAGCGUCGUGUUGAAGAAGGUUCACAACGUGAAAAAGAAUAUCAUACAGCAAGUGGUGUAUGUAUUCCACCACCAGCAUUAAUUGAACCACCAUUAACACGUGUAGAAAUAGGAAAAGAUUUAACAAAAUGUACAUCAUCAACAGAUGAAUCUAUUGUGAAUAAUAUUCGUCGUCUUAUACCAAAUACAUUUGUUGUUUUUGAAUUACUUGAUUUCGAUGAAAAUAUUCCUGGUCAUUACGUAUCAAUGUUAUUUACAUCCAUGUCAAAAAAUAAACUUGAACUCAAAUAUGAAUUUGUUCAUGUUCCGAGCGGAUUUAUGAUAACAUAUACAAUAAAUAAUCGAUUUUUUAUGUCAUGGAUAGGACCAACAAAAGUUGCAGCUAAACAAGCUGGAGCAAAAAAAGCUAUUGAAAUGUUAAAAACACUUUAUCCAAGUAUAAAAACAAAACAUGUUGUUAGUGAUAUGUCUAUACAUGAAAAUGAAAUUAUGGGUAUUAAAUAUAAAUUAAUAACACGUUCAGAAUUAUAUGAUCAACAACCAUUAACAACAUCUAUAACAACAAUGCCUACAAAUACACAACAAAAAGAAGAUAUGGGUUCAAAAUUAUUAAAAAAAAUGGGUUGGGUUGGUGGUGGUAUUGGUAAAGAUUUACAAGGUAUUGCUGA